GGGAACGCAUAUCACGUGACUAUGAAAGCCACAAUGACCAUGGCCGGGAACAAGUUGAAAAUUACCGCUCCCCCAGAGACCCUCAAACUUGCAAAUGGCCCCCGAAUCUGGCGGCAUUGGAUUUCCGUUGGAUGCUGCAGUCAUUUUUUUCGGCAGGCUCCUUAACGCCGCAUCCCGUCGCCACCUUGGUUUCGGCGAAGAGUGAAUGUGGAUUCCGCCCGAUCGCCGGAAUCCACACCUCGCUCACACUCGACACGUCUAACCUCACUUUCACGCCCUUGCAUUGACAACAUAAGAUACUAAAUCACACACACACACACACAUUCACAUGAGACUCGCGCUCUUCGUUCGAAACAAUAUAACAUCUUCUUCUGCUGCAGGAUUCCGCUCGGCCCCCCAAGGAUUCAAGUCUCAACCCCAAUUCCGUCGUCACAUCUUCGUCACCCGCACAAUGUCAACGACUAACGGUUCGGCGCCAAACGGCGCGGCGGCGAAAAAUCCCAACGGGAAGCAGGAGAUCAAGAUCCUCAUGCUUCAUGGAUACACCCAGUCGGGCCCCCUCUUCCGCUCAAAGACCCGCGCCCUCGAGAAGCUCAUCGCAAAGUCCCUGGGCCCCUUCAACAUCGCCCCCACGCUCACCUACCCCACGGGCCCCUCCAAGCUCUCCCCGCGCGACAUCCCCGGCUUCGUCCCGGACGAGUCGGGCGGGGACCAGGACCAGGACAUCGACGCCUGGUCCUGGUGGCGCAAGGACGAGGCCUCGGGCUCCUACCGCUUCCUCGCCGAGGGAGUCUCCGCCGUCGCCGACGCCGUCCGCGAGGCCGGCGGCGAUGUCGACGGCGUGCUGGGCUUCAGCCAGGGCGGCGCCUUCGCCGCCCUGCUGGCCGCCAUGCUCGAGACGCCGCACCGUGAUGAGGCGAAAAUCCCAGAGGACCUGCGGGCCGCGGUGCGCGCGCUGCGGGAGGCCAACGGCGGCCGGCCGUUUAAGUUCGCCGUCAUCUACUCGGGCUUCUUCGCGCCGCCCGACGAGCUGCGGUGGGCCUACGAGCCCCGGAUCAAGACGCCCACGCUGCACUUCCUCGGCAGCCUCGACACUGUCGUAGAGGAGUCGCGGAGCCGGGGGUUGGUCGACAGGUGCGAGGACCCGUUGGUGGUCGUCCACCCCGGCGGCCACUACGUGCCCAUCACCAAGGAGUGGGCGAUGCCGCUGAUCGGCUUCAUUAAGAAGAUCGCCGAUGAGGAGAAGGCGAAGAGCAACAUCUAAGAAGCACACACGGUACGGCAUAUUAUGAGUAGACGAUCCAGACAAUUCCGGUAUAGACAGUGAGGGACUUUAUAGAGCACAGGUU